AUGGCGAGAAAGAACGUGAGAACUUUAACUCUGGUAGGUUGCACGUUCACUUAUCUGCUGAUCGGCGCCGCGGUUUUCGACGCUCUCGAGUCGAACACGGAGACAAAACGCUGGGAAUUUCUCUCGGAGGUUCGUCGAAAUAUGAUGAGGAAGUACAACAUCACGCAAGAAGACUACAGGAUGCUGGAGAUCGUUAUAAUCGAGAACAAGCCGCUGAAAGCUGGCCCUCAAUGGAAAUUCGUCGGUGCCUUUUAUUUCGCGACACUUGUGGUCUCUAUGAUAGGCUAUGGACACUCGACGCCAGUGACAAGACCAGGCAAAGCUUUUUGCAUGGCGUACGGCAUGGUGGGCAUCCCCUUGGGCCUGGUGAUGUUUCAGAGCAUCGGUGAACGUUUGAAUAAAUUCGCCUCGGUGGUCAUCAGACGGGCAAAAACGUACCUACGCUUCCAGAAAACAGAGGCAACGCAGAUGAAUCUGAUGCUUGCAACUGCUUUCCUUUCGAGUAUAAUAAUGACGACUGGAGCUGCUGUUUUCUCGCGUUACGAGGGAUGGAGCUACUUCGAUAGCUUCUAUUAUUGUUUCGUAACGUUAACCACCAUUGGUUUCGGCGAUUACGUCGCUCUUCAGAACGAUCAUGCGCUCUCCACAAAGCCUGGAUACGUGACCUUAAGCUUAGUUUUGAUCUUCAUCGGCCUGGCUGUCGUCGCUGCUAGCAUAAACUUGCUCGUUCUUCGCUUUAUGACAUCGGAUACUGGAGACGAUUGUAGCGACGACGAGCUCGACGAACCUUCCCAAUUCGUAAUGAUCGACGGUGACGUCGUCCUCAUGAAUGGAAAACCAUUAGCUGCCCAGGAGCCUGCAGUUCACGACACGGACGACUGCGUGAGCGUAUGCUCGUGCACGUGUCUAGGACCAACUAGUUCCGAGCUUCUCGAACAAGGAUAUCAAGGAUACAGGCCACCUCCGACUUCUGCGUCUCGUCGUGUCAAACGUGUAUCCGUCUGA